CCUAAACUGUCUCCAUCAGUAAUAUGAGAUAUCUGAUUUUAAAUAAUCAGCUUAUGAUUUUAAGAACCUUUUUCUCUAAAAAAUCUGUGAAAAAAACAUUGUUACUCGUUAAUUUUUUAUAACUAUCAGAGUUUAACAUUUUGAUAAAAAUGUAGAUUUGCUUUUAUAAAAUCAAGACAAAUCCAUCAAAAUAAUUUUUUGCCUAUGGUCAGUUUCAUUAUCAGCUUCCUCUGUCACUUCCGCCUCUAUAGUCUUAAGGUAUUUUCUCUUGGCCCUUUGUCGGCGUAAGAAUAUCUCUCCAUUCAAUGCAGAUAAACACUGAUUGAUGACUGACUAAUGGCCACAGACACUUUACACACUCAGUCAAAGACUCAAUUUCUUGAGAGUCCCAUUACGUUUUUGAUAAAAGAGGUACUUGAGAAGUGAUAAGCUUUAUUUUGUGAGACACUUCAGUGAGAAGAAAUCAAGCUUAAAAUUAAAACCAAAGAGGAGUUUGUUCAUCACCAUGAAAUCUUUUAUCAGUUACUUUCAUCUACUCUAACUCUCAGAUGUUAUCACCAUUUUGUUCUCACACUGGUGUCUACAGUCAAUCUGUUAAUUCGUGCAGUUCGUUUAAAGUUCAUUUUUGAACUACAAAAUAAUGAUUUCUUUUAAGUGCAUUUGCCUUUUUGCAAGCAUCGCUAUCAUUCAGGCCAACUUGCAAAACCGUAAUGACCUCUAUCACCCCAGGAAAGGUAGUGAAAAUUUGAGAGUAGACCUAAUCAAACCACCUUGCAAAAUUGUAGAAGAACUUCACAGUGAAGAAAUGAGCAACUUGAAUGAUGAACAAAAUCUUGUUGGAGAUGAUCGAAUACCACUUGAUUAUGAUAUAAAUGAAAUAAAAUCUGAGGUCAAAGAAACAAGGUAUAAUGAACCAACUAAUUUUGGGAGCAAAGCUUUAGAUUUCGUCGAAGAUGGCCUCUUCAAUCAUCCUAAUGCUCAAUAUGACUUCCAAGAGUGCAUAAAUGCAAUGGCGAAUAUCGUCGAGGAAGAACGAUUGAUGAAGACAAUAAAAAAUUUGACAAUGGAUGCAAUAAGCAUAAUUUCCAAUGCAUCAGUAAUGAUAGUGGAGUGUCAGGAAAAAAACAGCUUUCCCUCAUGCCUUGUAUCUGCUGUCAAUGAGUUAGGAGCAGCCUUCAUCGGGGUCUCUGAGGACAUUGAGCGUGCUGUGAUGGCAACAGUGGUUCUUACUCAGAAGUUGUAUGAGCAGAUCAAGCUCUGUAUAGGAGGAAAUGAUGUGCCGGUUUCUGCCAUCGUUAAUUUUUUACUACGCCUUACUCAAUCUACUGACAGCACUCACCUAAAGAAUAGUGUUCCCAAUGAAAUUCCAAAAGUUCCUCAGGAACCGUCUCAAAGGCCAGCACAUAAAUGGUACCCCUUUUUGAGGGAACACCGCCACUUUAUUAACCUUUAAUUUUAUAUAAAAAACUAGUCAUUAUUUUUAAGUUUUUUAAUAAAAUACAUUAUUUUAUUAAACA